CCCGCCUCGUCCGCUUUCGCAGUGCGCUCACGAAAGGGGUGGGGCUCACCCUGGUUGAUAUAGAGAGCAGGACGGUGGCCAUGGAAUUUCAUUUAAGCUGAACCGGGACGACAAGAACAACAAUCUCCAAAACACAACUUGAAGAAGGAGUGUUUAUAAAAGAGGCUGAGGGUGGAGAAGCAGAGUAGGAGAGCGCCACAGUUGGAGAUCUUUGCUGGUGAGGGCGGUCCCUGCAGGUGAUCGUCACGCCAUGUCGUCCCCCACUGGGACGGCGGGAAACUUCGACCCGACACGGCAGCCGGUAGAAAAUGUCAGCAGUAGGGGUCCUCACCCGUGGGAACGUGACGAGGCGUUGGCCCGGAUGGAGAUCAUCGUGCUGAGCGUGGCCUUCGUGGCGACGGCGGUGGGGAACGCCAGCAUGAUGCUGGCGGUGCGAGUUAGCCAGAGGAAACCGUCACGCGUGCACCUGUUCAUGACGCACCUGAGCCUGGCCGACCUGGUGGUGGCCUUCUUCCAGGUGCUGCCGCAGCUGUGCUGGGAGGUCACCUUCCGUUUCCAAGGCCCGGACAUCCUGUGCCGCGUCGUCAAGUUCCUGCAGGUGGUGGGCAUGUUCGCCUCGGCCUACGUGACCGUGGCCAUGACCGUGGACCGCUACGUGGCCGUGUGCCACCCGAUGACGACUCUCAACCGACCGAGGCGGCGUGCGCGUGCCAUGAUAGCGUGCGCGUGGGCGUGCAGCCUGGCGCUGAGCACGCCGCAGGUCUUCAUCUUCUCCAUGCAGGAGGUGUACGCAGGCUCGGAUGUGUACGACUGCUGGGCUGACUUUGUGGAGCCGUGGGGUAUGCGCGCCUACAUCACGUGGAUCACGGCCGCCGUCUUCCUGGUCCCCGUGGCCGUGCUCGUCACGUGCUACGGCUUCAUCUGCCGCGCCGUGUGGUCCAAUGGCAAGUGGAGCUCGCGCGGGCGGAGCAUGCCGGGCGUAUCCCGCGGCAAAUUCCGCACGGUCAGGAUGACGCUGGUGAUCGUCCUCGCUUACGUCACCUGCUGGGCGCCUUUUUUCACCGUGCAGAUGUGGUCCGCGUGGGACGACAACUUCGCCUGGCACGAUUCUGACAACAUGCCGGUGACUCUCUCGGCGCAGCUGGCCAGCCUCAACAGCUGCGUCAACCCGUGGAUCUACUUGAUGUUCAGUGGGCACCUGCUGUCCGACUUCGCCAGGCGACUGCCUUGCUGUCGCCGCCUCAGCGCCAAGUUUGCUCGUCCCGAUUCGAACAGCAGCCCCCGGUCGAGCACGCAGCUGUCCCGCUUGCAAGGUCCGCGCCUCUCUGAGCCAUGCAUGGCGAAGAGAUGCCCAGCAUAGACUGCGCCUCCUCCGUUUGAUGCGAAAGAACCAGCUUGAGGUGAAACUGCAGACAGGAAGGCCCUGCAGAUGGAGACCGCGACAGCGGAGAAGAUAAUCGGCCGGCCCUCCGCCCUCCUUAGAAGUCAUCGCUCGCUCUCGCUGCCUCGGCAAAGAAAAUCCCGUCAGACGCCUCGCACCCUGAUCAGCGCUUGUUCAAGCUGCUGCCAAGAGAUUUUGGUAACACAAGAUCAGGACAAACAGAGUUAAACCGUUUUUACGCGUGGGCCAUUAGGAUAUUGAAUCUGUCCCAAUAGCUUACAAUGAUUUUCACUGUUUGUACUGCUAUUUAACAUUUUAUAUACCGUAUUUUCCGCACUAUAAGGCGCACCUAAAAACCACAAAUUUUCUCAAAAGCUGACAGUGCGCCUUAUAACCCGGUGCGCUUUAUAUAUGGAUAAAUAUUAAGAUUCAUUUUCAUAAAGUUUCGGUCUCGUAACUACGGUAAACAGCCGCCAUCUUUUUUCCCGGUAGGACAGGAAGCGCUUCUUCUUCUACGCAAGCAACCGCCAAGGUAAGCACCCGCCCCCAUAGAACAGGAAGCGCUUCUUCUUCUACUGUAAGCAACCA